UAGACGGAUUCUGGUAUCGACCGUUGGUAGAAAGGAGGGAUGCUGCUCUAGCUGAAGAGUGCUAGUAGUAGAGCUAGUCUAUAGAUCUGUCUUGUUCUAUUUAAUGGAUUAUGGAUGUGUUGCUGUUCUGAUGGGUACACAUCGAAGAAGUGUCUCCACCUCGAACAGAGCAAUGGAAGUUCUACCGCACACUCGCGCUGGAUCAACGCUUUUCAGAUAUUUUUUUCUGUCUUUGGACAUGAUCUGCUGGAUAAUGACCGAAAUUAUGCCUGAAUUUAUGCAUCGAAGGAUCUACGCGCCCAUAUAUCCAGCCUCUGUCCAUCUUCUGUCCAUCUUCUGUUUUCUGUGUUCUGCUGCACUGUGACGAUGGAAGACCAAGACCAUACAAAAACUGCAGGGGUGGCAGUUAUACAACGUACGACGACGGAGAGUACUCUCCAGACCGAAAAGGCAGCCGCGAUAACUUUCCAAGAGGCACUUCCUGCGCCGGACGAGCACGCGCCGAACGGAGGGCUUACUGCUUGGCUUCAGGUUUCUGGGUCUUUUGUCCUGUUUAUGAAUAGCUGGGGCACAAUCAAUUCCUACGGCGUCUUUGAGACCUACUACGUCUCCAUCAACCUCUCAAACAAGUCCUCCUCCGACAUCGCCUGGAUCGGCUCCACGCAAGCCUUCCUGCUUCUCGUCGUCGGAAUCAUUUCCGGCCCGGUCUUUGACCUCGGCGUGUUUCGCCCGCUCUUGAUUUCAGGAUCGGUCGUGCUCGUGCUCGGGUUGGUGUUCACCAGUCUCUGUCACGAGUAUUGGCAAUUCAUGCUCGCGCAGGGUAUCAUGACCGGCAUCGGCUGCGGCCUGUUCUUCGUGCCCUCGGUAGCGGUCAUUCCGCAGUACUUCACCACGCGGCGCUCAUUCGCGCUCGGCAUCGCCGCCUCAGGGUCCUCCGUCGGCGGCGUGAUCUACCCGAUAAUCUUCCACAAACUGCGUCCCCUGCUCGGCUUCGGCUGGGCCGUACGCGUAGUCGCGCUGAUCGUGCUCGUCACGCAGGGCUACGUCCUUGCCGUGAUGCGCGUACGGACACGCCCCGCUGGCAAGAAAAUAAGACUUACGCGCGAACUCGUGAUGUACCCGCCUUUUCUGGCGUUUAUCGGAUUCGGCGUGUUUGCGUUUAUGGGCGCGUACAUCCCGUUUUAUUACAUGGAAGGGUUUUCGAUCUUGAAAGGGAUCUAUAGCUUCGAUGUCUCGUUCUACAUGCUUUCGGUUCUCAACGGCGCGUCGACGUUUGGAAGGUUGCUUCCGAAUAUACUCGCCGAUCGCGUAGGACCGUUUAACGUCCUUCUUCCGUGUAUCUUCGCAGCAUCCAUCGUCGCGUUCUGCUGGGUCGCGGCCGCGACCAAACCAGGCGUCGUCGCAAUCUCUGUCCUCUACGGCUUCUUCUCUGGCUCAAUCAUCUCCCUCGCCGCGCCCUGCCUUGCCGUCAUCACGCCCGACAUCUCCGUCCUCGGCACCCGUAUCGGGAUCUUAUUCGCCGUCGCGAGCGUGGGGCUGUUGAUUGGUACGCCGGUGGCGGGGGAGUUGUUGAAGACGGGGAUGGAGUUUAAAGCCGUCGCGGUGUUUUGUGGGGGGACGUUGGCUGUUGCGUGUGGGUUUGUGGGGGUGGCGAGGGGGUUGUUGAGGGGGUGGAGGGUGUAGCUGCUUGUUUGUA